AGCAUCGAAAAUCGAGUUCUGCUGGAAAAUCAUGGACGUAUUCGAGACAUUCAUCGCUAAGGCUGUUUUACAAACCAGCGUGGACCAAUUGGCCAUUGUGGGCGGCACACUUUAUGUGUCAAGUGAAAACGCCGAGGGUUUGGCUAAUCUCGUGCAUCCAAAUAGCUCCCCCAGGGCAAUUGAACAACUCCUGGCCGAGGAAAAUAAGGCAAUUUUGAUAUCAAGGCAGUCGCCCACUGUUGCUGACAACCAUAUCCGGAAAUUGUUGUCCAUGGAGACCAAUUACCUCCAGAGUGUAAUGGAAAACACCUACCUGGAAUUGGAUCAAAAUCGCUCAUUUUUCAGCCUGCAAGAAUCAGUGGGCAAAAGCCAGACCCGAGCAAACGAAAAGCGCGACUUGAAAGAACGUGAGAUCGACUUAAGGAAGGAGAUUUCGAGUUUGCGGGUGCUCAUUAGCAAGAAAACUCGAGAUGCUGAAACGCACAUUUUGGAAAGUAAUCUCCUGAUUGCCAAAUUAAAAGAUGAACUCACCGAAGCCAAGAGGUCCACCAAAGGCGAAGAGGAAUUCGUCUCUCGCCUGGAAAGGGUGCGUGAAUCCGAAAGAGUCGCCCUGUUUGACGAAGAGGAACGAGAAAUGGUCGAAAAACGAGAUAAUUACAAGCGCGAUAUCGAGUAUGAGCAUCGAGUCACGGUCGAGAUUGAGAGUUGGCUUAAUGAGCGACGAAGCCAUUUAAAAGAACUGCUCCAGUUCUGGAUUGAGAAGUCAAAGGUGGAUAUCGCGACCAAGGAAGGUCAACUCCAAGAACUCAUUGCUAAUAGGGAAGCCGAUCUAAAACGUAAGGAGGAAGCGGAGCAACGGCUCAAAGAGGCCCGUCAAUACGUUGAAGCUGAACUUGUACGGAGAGAGCAAAUCCGAAUUGAGCAAGAGGAGCAAGCCGUUCAAAUCAAAACCACGGUUCGCAUCCAAGCUUGGUGGAGAAUGAUGAUGGUUCGAAGAGGCCUGGGCCAGUUCAAGAAGAAGAAAACCAAUCAACCUGAGCCUAAGAAGAAUGGGUUGCGGAAGUAG